AUCUUCACCAUCAUGUUCACUAAGACCGCCCUCGCUCUCGCCCUUGUGGCUGUAACUUUGGCUGCUCCUUCACAGCCUUCCUACGGAUAUACUCCUCCUGCAACCUACGACGCUCCUGCCAAGUAUGACUUCAAUUAUGCCGUAAAGGACGACUACUCCGGAAACGACUUCGGUCACCAGGAAGCUCGCGACGGUUACGAUACUCAGGGUUCUUACUACGUUCUCCUUCCCGACGGUCGUCUGCAGAAGGUCGCCUACACUGUCAAUGGCGACUCUGGCUACGUGGCUGAGGUCAGCUACGAGGGUGAAGCUCAGUACUCCGAGUACAAGCCUGUUCCUGCCUACAAGCCCGCCCCUGCUUACAAGCCCAGCCCUGCUUACAAGCCCGCCCCUGCUUACAAGCCCACCCCUGCUUACACGCCCGCCCCUGUUUACAAUCCUGCCCCAAACCUAGGAAACAUCUGUCAGUGGAGAAGAGAACUUAAUUAUGAUUCCCAUAUUGAUUCCAUCUUCCAACGCUCUAACAAGUAUUGUGACUUGUUUGAAGUAACAUCAGAAGCUAUAUACAUAAUACUAUACUGUCCGUCUCCGUAUAUUUUGCCAUUUGGCACAUCGGUUAUGCGAAAAUUCCUUGUUCUUUCCAACAUUCAUGGGUUCAUGGCUGCUCCCAUACGUGAUCAGAUCUUUAAGUUUAACUGCAUAGAUAAGUCCAUCCUCUUCAUCAUGUUCACUAAGGCCGUCGUCGCUCUCGCCCUUGUAGCCGUCACUCUGGCUGCUCCUUCACAGCCUUCCUAUGGAUAUGCUCCUCCGGCAAACUAUGAUGCUCCCGCUAAGUACGACUUCAACUAUGCCGUGAAGGACGACUAUUCCGGAAACGACUUUGGUCACCAAGAGGCCCGUGACGGAUACGACACCCAGGGAUCUUACUACGUCCUCCUUCCCGACGGUCGUCUGCAGAAGGUCGCCUACACUGUCAAUGGCGACUCUGGUUACGUGGCUGAGGUCAGCUAUGAGGGUGAAGCCCAGUACCCCGAGUACAAGCCUGCUCCUGCCUACAAGCCUGCUCCUGCCUACAAGCCUGCUCCUGCCUACAAGCCUGCUCCUGCCUACAAGCCCGCCCCCGCUUACAAGCCAGCCCCUGCCUACAAGCCUGAACCUACAUAUGCCUAAAUUAAACAAUGAAUAUUUAUUAAAUUAAACGAAGCCUAUCAA